AUGCCCGAGGUAGGAGCAGCAUUACAAUGGCAUAACAUGGCUACGCUUUCGAUCGUGGGGACAACUACGCUGUACACAGUAGGACUUACUGAGGAUGAAGAGCUAAUGGUGUCUCAACUUGCAGAUUCACUAGAAGCUGAUCAUGCACGAGAUGAAAUUGCUGAGACUUAUCUCUACUACUGCACCUAG